AUGGCCUUCAGCUUCAACUUUGGUGGCGAUGACAUCGACCAGACAGUCGAUCAAGAUGUGCCAACUCUUGAUGCGCCAUCCGACAUGAACGCGACAAGCGAGGUACAAGCACCGCUUGUCAAUGUCAUGCAACACGACUUGAGACAAUUAUACGAAACAUUGCCCGACAGAUUAUGCUACAGCACUGCUCAAAUCACAUCACCAACUGGGAAGACGCUGCUCUUGCCGCGGCGUGAGCUGUUCGAUAUCCGCGUUCAACUCAUGUCCGAAGCUUCUGCGGAGAACGACAACGACGCGACUUUGCGUGAUCUGGAGCAAACAGACCUCAGAACAAACGUCUAUGAGGGUGGUUUCAAAACUUGGGAGUGUAGCAUUGAUCUGUCAAGUCUUCUUCUGGACCGUGGCCCAAGAAAGGACAUUGACGAGUUGGUCCGCUGUGAUGGAGUUGUCGAACUUGGAGCUGGAUCUGCCUUGCCGUCUUUGACUCUAUUCCAACAUGCACUAAGGAAUGGCAUUGCACAAACAUUUACCCUCACCGACUACAACAGUAGCGUCUUGCGACUGGUGACUUUGCCCAAUCUCAUCCUUACCUGGGCAGCGACUACCUCACCACCGUUGAUCGACCUGGCAGCUGAGCCUUCGGGAGAUCUUGAGAACAUUCCCGCACUUUUCCCAGAGUUCCUUGCUUCUCUUGCUGCUUCUCACAUCCAGCUCUCCUUCAUCUCUGGUCCCUGGGGUCCUACUCUUGCUUCCCUGAUCCCAGAGUCUGCUCCGGAUAUGGGCAGUUUGAUCCUUGCAAGCGAGACCAUCUACAGCCCAGCUUCAACAACAGCAUUUGUGGACCUCUUGAUCAAUUUACUCAGCCGAACAAAGAUGGCCAAGGCGAUCGUAGCCGCAAAGAGAUUCUACUUUGGCGUCGGAGGAAGUGUUGAUCACUUGAAGGAGGUGUGUGCGGAGAAGGGUGCAGUGGCAUACGAAGUCGAGAAUUCUGGCGUUCCUGGAAUGGAAUCUGGUGUCGGAAGAGCUCUCGUCGAGGUGCAGAUGUACUAA